AAAUGAAAAUUGUUUGUAGGGGACUACCGUGAUGCCCACCUUGACCUCUGUAAUGUUUGACAAGACUCAAUGGGAGACUCCUCACACCUUCAACCCUGGACACUUUCUCAGUGUUGAUGGAAAAUUUGUGAAGAGGGAGGCCUGUCUUCCUUUUUCUGCAGGGAAACGCGUGUGUCUUGGAGAAAGCCUUUCCAGGAUGGAGAUCUUCCUGUUUCUGGUCGGAUUAUUACAGAAGUUCUCAUUCUCUACUCCUGACGAAGUAGAACUGAGUACAGAAGGAAUUACAGGACUAACACGUGUGCCCCACCCUUUUAAGGUUUACGCCAAAGCUCGCUGAAGUAUAUGCAAAAUGAUAUA